GUCAAUCAAUCACCUUUAUUUCGCGAUGAGUAGAUCCAAGGAUCGCGUAUGGUCAGACAGGAGGGAAGCACAGGGACUGGACAGGAUGGAUGGAUGGACGGACUGAGGGGGAAGGGAAAGAGAGAGAGAGAGAGAGAGAGAAAGAAGAGAAUAACGGUGUGUGUUUGUGCGAGGCGGCCAAAACUGCUCAGCGCGUGCACAGAAACAACCCGAGUUAACGCGUUUCAUCGUGUCAUAAGGCAGUAUUAAAGGGAUGAUGCUCCUGGAGGUUUCUUCCCUGGGGAUUCAGAGACAUCAGGAAUGAUUUGCUGAUCCAGUUGCUGUUGCCAAAAGUUUCCAAUCACUUCCACUCCAAGACUGUCCUUCAUAGACUUCAAACCUACACACACACACACACACACACACACACACACACACACACACACAGUUGAGCCUACACAAAUAUACCAUUCAUAUACACGCCGUCAUGGCCAACAUCUAUCCGUACGGCUGCUUCACGCAUGCUGUGGUCAGAGGUAUCCCAGAAUCCUUUGGGAAGUUGGCGGAGGGUGGUGAAGGGCUUCAGACGGACCUGGCCAAGGCCCAGCGUCAGAUGGGGGUGCUGACGGGUGCUCUGAGACAGAAGGUGGGGCUGCAGCUGAUCGAGAUCCCAGCAGUGUCCGAGCUGCCCGAGAGCUGGAGGAUCGAAGACGUGGCUGUGAUCCAGGGCGACACGGCGCUCAUCACCCGACCCCUCAAGCAGCAGAGGCGCGCGGAGGCGGAGGCCGUGCGGCGCGUCCUGAACGAGCUCAAGCUGACGGUGCUGGAGAUGGGCGACGAGGAGGGCCGGUCUGCUGGAGCCACUCUGGAAGGAAGUGAUGUCCUCUUCACUGGAAAAGAGUUCUUCGUGGGGAUUUCCAAACACACCAAUCACCGUGGGGCAGAGGUUUUGGCCGACACCUUCAAGGACUUUGCGGUGUCCACCGUGCCGGUGUGUGGAGGCUCUCGUCUGAAGAACAUCUGCUCCAUGGGCGGCCCUGACACCAUCAUCAUCAGCAGCAGCGACGGGGCCAAGAAGACCCUCCGAAUGAUGGAGCAGCUGACUGACCAUCACUACGAGAUCUUGACUGUGCCCGAGGAUGUGGCUGCUAACUGCGUUUACAUCAGAGGUCCUGCUAAAGUGGACUUCCUCCUGCACCCCACGGCCGAGGAGUGUCCCAACAGUGUUCCCGCUUUCCAGCGCUUGACCGACUACACCCUGCUGCCCACCGCCUGCAGCGAAGCCUCCAAACUCGGGGCGGCGCUGUCCUCCCUUUGCCUGCUCAUCAACAAGAAACCCAACUAUUAAAGAUAUUCUCCUACAAUCACCGCAUAAUCAUUCACUUUCUUUACCUCUCGCCUUUUCUUGUGUUCCCUUUAGCCUGAGUUUUAAGGGCUGCAACUGUCCAUAUGUUUCUCUUAUGCUUUAAUUUCUUAGCUGUUUUAUACAGGUUCCUUUAGAUUUGGAUAAUGGACACACAUUAUGAGAGUAUUAUAAUAAAUGGCCUUGAAAAUAGUUUUAUUUACUCCUGUUCCAAUCCAGGGGGUUUUAAUACUGCCCAAACACACGGGUCUUUACAGCAGUCCUGAACACUUCUGCUCAGGUCCGCUAGCUCAUGUGUGUUUGAUCGGGACGGGGGACCUCGAGGUCUCAAGAGUUUAGAAGACGUGUCGUUUCAUGGCUUCUCUGGGUAUAUUCUGCUAUUAAAGCUAGUCAUGUACAAUCAUUUUUUAGUAUAUUGUGUUUUUCCCUCAACUGUAUUGACAUUAAAAAUAAAUAAAAAACAUUGUUUG